AUGCUCUCGAGAAAUGUUCCAAAGGAAGAGUUAAAGAAAUAUGACAUUAAAGUAAUUCGUAAUUUAUCAGUUGAAAGGAAUUUUCAAGAACAUCUAUACAACAAACGAGAACCUUUAUCUGCAACUGCUACUACUUCUCGUUCCGUUUUCUUGCAAACAACCUUCCAGCACAUCAAUAGCGUUCCUGAUAUACAAAUGUUAUUCCUUGGAACUAAUAAAGAGGAUUUUUUAAAUGGCCCAGCGGAAUUUUUGAGAUAG